AUGUCGAAUCCCAACUUCCCGGGAAGGCAGAGCCUCCUUAAAAUAAACCGCUACUCGCUGAUGAUGCGACCGGCGGCGGCGGCGUCGCCGUCCACUUCCGCUUCUCGCGCAGCUCCCUCCGACCCAUCACUCCCGCUACGUGGCCGCCCCUCCAAGCGCGUCAAGAUGGAGUACAUGUCGGCGGCGAUCCGGCACCAGCACUCGUCCACCUUUAUCAUGAAGCUGUUCGACCGGAGCGUCGAUUUGGCUCGCUUUCCUGAAGCAACGCCGCUGUAUCCGGUUUGCCGGGCGUGGAUGCAAAAUGCACCGCGGGUCGCCAGGAGGGACGAGGUGGUGGAGGGUGUGCCGGAGCCGAGGGAGUUGCAGGCGGAUGUUUUGGAGCGGUAUAAUCGGAAGGAGCUGGACCAGAUUGAGAAAAUGCCGGGGCCGGCGGAGAGCGAGUUGGAGCCGUUUGUGCGUGAGGAACGAUUUGCGGAGCGGGGAGAGGAAAUGGGGACGGGGGAAGAGGAGAGUUUGGGGAGGGAAGAGUUGCUGAAGGGACACAAGGAGCGCUGGUCCGGAAUCAAGCGUCGUUGGGUUGGCCACCGGAGGAAAUAUCUGGGCAAGUAUCAGCAGAGCUUUGAUCUGCUGGACGCGAUCAUGAUGAAGCAGGCUUAA